AUGGGCGCCUACCGGCUCAUGGACAAUGGCGGCUCUGACCAAGCGUCCCCGCAGUGGCCCACAGCGAGGCCGGUAGCGCAGCCACGGCUGCCGCCAGCCCGGAUAGGCUCAGCCUUCGUGGGGCCGACGUAUGCAUCGGCGUCUGGGACGCUCUCCCUCUGCUCAUUGGCCCGGCUGCCCGUCGCUCAGACGUUUCAAAACCCCGCCCCGCCCCUCGCCGCGACCGUUACUCGCGGGCCGCGUGACGGCCCGGGUUCAAACCGCCCAAUCGGGGGCGCCCGCUCGCCGCUCCGUUCUACUCGGCCCCUGCCUUCACCCAUCAGUUCCCGUUCCCCGACCAGCUCCGUGCGUGCGCCGCCUUUCACGCUCUCAUUGGCCUUUCCUCUCUCGGGCCCCAGGCUCCCAUUGGCCGACCCCAGGCCCUCGGGCCCGCGGCCACGGUCCCAACGGGCGACGGGCGCGCGCGCCCGCGGUCGCGUCUGGGACGUCGCUGCGCGCGCGGCGGACUCAGUGCGGCGGGGCAGCCGAGGGGGGUGGGCGGGAGGUCGCGGGAGCGGGCGCGGCGGCGGCGGCGGCGGCGGCGGCGGCUGCUGCGGCGUAGGGCAACGGGAGCAGGAGCGGCCCGCGGCGGUCGCGGGAGCCGGCCCGGGGCCGAGGAGGCGGCCGCGGCGGAAGCGGAGUCGGAAUCGGAGCCCGGGCGCACCAGGCACGCGGGGGAGGCGGCCCCCUCCCCCGAACCCCCCAAUCCCGGAGGCCGUCCCGAGGAGGGGGCUUGGGGGGAGCCGCCCCCCGGGCCCCGGCGACAUGAACUCCAACGUGGAGAACCUGCCCCCCCACAUCAUCCGCCUGGUCUACAAGGAGGUCACGACGCUUACCUCGGAUCCUCCCGAUGGCAUCAAGGUCUUUCCCAAUGAAGAGGAUCUCACGGACCUGCAGGUCACCAUCGAAGGCCCAGAGGGGACCCCAUAUGCAGGAGGCUUGUUCCGCAUGAAGCUGCUCCUGGGGAAGGACUUUCCAGCGGCCCCCCCCAAGGGCUUCUUUCUCACCAAAAUCUUCCACCCCAACGUGGGAGCUAAUGGCGAGAUCUGUGUCAAUGUGCUCAAAAGAGACUGGACCGCUGAACUGGGCAUCCGCCAUGUGCUGCUGACUAUCAAGUGCCUUCUGAUCCAUCCGAACCCUGAGUCGGCGCUGAAUGAGGAGGCUGGCCGCUUGCUCCUGGAGGACUACGAGGGAUAUGCAGCUCGGGCCCGGCUGCUGACAGAGAUCCAUGGUGGGGCUGGGGGCCCAGGGGCCGCGAGGGCGGCAGAGGCAGGGGCCUCUUCGUCGUCCCCACCGGGCCCCGGGGCCGAGGGCCCCAUGGCCAAGAAGCACGCUGGGGAGCGGGACAAGAAGCAGGCCGCCAAGAAGAAGACAGACAAGAAGCGGGCUCUGCGCAGGCUGUAGGAGGGGGCGACUUUUGUAUCUCACUAAGUUAUUUAAAUUAUGGUGGGGGAGGGCGGUGGGAGGG